CGACGAUGUUCGCGUGUCCGCUCAGUUUUGCCUCUCUGCUGUGCGUCACCGCAGCGUGGCCUGCGCUCAGCGGCCGGGAGAACCGCUUCUCCUCAGAGGGCAAGUCAGAGGAGGUCCGCUCUGCCGCCAUCAAGAGGCUUCUGGAGGUCUUCGGGAUGGAGGACCCUCCUGCUGUCCACGCUCACAAACAGCCUCCGCAGUACAUGCUCGAUCUGUACAACACGGUGGCCGACGUGGACGGCGUGACCAAAGAUCCCUACCUGCUGGAGGGCAACACUGUGCGCAGCUUCUUUGACAAAUUGCGCAGUGAGCAGGUGGAGUUCAAGUUCAAUUUGUCAACAGUGGCAAGGAGUGAGAAGGUCCUCACUGCAGAGCUGCAUCUUUUCAAGCUGCGUCCUCAGGGAUCCCUCACGUACAGCAGACAUCACUUCUGCCAGGUCAGUGUUUAUCAGCUUUUGGAUAUCAGAAAAACUAACAGCACGCAGGCGAAGAAGUUGCUGUCUUCUCGACUCAUCCCGGUCCACUCAGCUGGUUGGGAAGUAUUCACCGUCACACAAGCUGUCCGCUCCUGGAUGGCAGAUGAAGGCAGCAACCUGGGGCUCCAUGUGGUGGUUAGGACUCUGGAAGGAAGCCAGACGGACUUGAAACUGAUCCGCUUUGCUUCAGGGCGCCACCACCACCCGAGCAAACAGUCCAUGCUCGUGCUUUUCACCGACGACGGCCGCCGCUCUGCGGCUCUCGGGAGCAUAAAUCCCCACGAGGCCAUUGCCACCUCCUUCCUCUCCCAAACCCCAGUCAAAUCCUUCCGCACGGCUCGCUCCCUGGACUACAGCGAGAAGGAAUUGCGGUCCAAGCCCUGCCAGCGCCUGCCUCUGUAUGUAGACUUCGAGGAGAUUGGCUGGUCGGGCUGGAUCGUGUCUCCUCGUGGCUACAACGCUUAUCACUGCAAAGGGUCCUGCUCCUUCCCCCUGGGUCAGAACAUGAGGCCGACCAACCACGCCACCGUCCAGUCCAUCAUCAACGCCCUGAAGCUGAUCCAAGGCAUCGAAACGCCGUGCUGCGUGCCCGAACAGCUGUUUUCCAUCAACCUGCUGUACUUUGAUGACGAUGAGAAUGUUGUGUUGAAGCAGUACAACGACAUGGUGGCUGGAAGCUGCGGCUGUCACUGACCACGUCAGAUUUAAGUUUUACUUUAUCUUGUUGCCCUUUCGGUGUUCACUUGUGAGUAAAUGUGCUGAGAUCUACAAAUAACACUGUAAGAUAUGUAAAUAGACACAUAAAUUAUAAUAUAUGACUGUUG